GUUUUUCCUGUUUAGGGCCUGUAUAUCUCUGGGAACAAGAACUCGAGCCAUUGGAAAUGCAGCAAAGAGCCAGAUAAUCACGAAUGUGAGAAAUACAAUUCAUGGCUUCAAAAAGCUUCAUGGGCGAUCUUUUGAUGAUCCCAUUGUGCAAACUGAAAGGAUCAGACUUCCCUAUGAACUGCAAAAGAUGCCCAAUGGAAGUGCAGGAGUUAAGGUGCGGUACCUGGAAGAAGAGAGACCUUUUGCAAUUGAGCAAGUUACUGGAAUGCUGUUGGCUAAGCUUAAAGAGACAUCAGAAAAUGCUUUGAAGAAACCAGUAGCCGAUUGUGUGAUUUCCAUACCUAGCUUUUUCACUGAUGCUGAGAGAAGAUCUGUUUUGGCUGCAGCCCAGGUUGCAGGCUUAAACUGUUUAAGGCUGAUGAACGAAACUACUGCAGUUGCACUAGCAUAUGGAAUUUAUAAACAGGAUCUUCCCUCGCUAGAUGAGAAACCAAGAAAUGUCGUGUUUAUUGAUAUGGGGCAUUCUGCCUAUCAGGUCUCAGUUUGUGCAUUUAACAAAGGAAAACUUAAAGUUUUGGCUACUACUUUUGAUCCAUAUUUGGGUGGCAGGAACUUUGAUGAGGCUUUGGUAGACUACUUCUGUGAUGAGUUCAAGACCAAAUAUAAGAUAAACGUGAAAGAAAACUCUCGGGCCUUGCUGCGCUUAUAUCAGGAAUGUGAAAAACUGAAGAAGCUGAUGAGCGCAAAUGCAUCAGAUCUUCCAUUGAACAUUGAGUGUUUCAUGAACGACCUUGAUGUUUCUAGUAAAAUGAACAGGGCUCAAUUUGAACAGUUAUGUGCUUCCCUCUUGGCCAGAGUUGAGCCACCUUUAAAAGCAGUAAUGGAGCAAGCCAACUUACAACGUGAAGACAUCAGUAAUAUAGAAACUGUGGGAGGAGCAACACGAAUUCCUGCAGUGAAGGAACGAAUCACUAAAUUCUUUCUUAAAGAUAUAAGUACCACGUUAAAUGCUGAUGAAGCUGUUGCAAGAGGAUGUGCAUUACAGUGUGCAAUUCUCUCGCCAGCAUUUAAAGUGCGUGAAUUUUCCAUAACAGACAUUGUUCCGUACUCAAUCACAUUAAGAUGGAAGACCUCUUUUGAAGAUGGAACUGGGGAAUGUGAAGUGUUCUCUAAGAACCAUCCUGCCCCGUUCUCCAAAGUCAUUACUUUCCACAAGAAGGAGCCAUUUGAACUAGAAGCAUUUUAUACUAAUUUACAUGAAGUGCCUUAUCCUGAUCCAAGAAUUGGGAGCUUCACUAUUCAGAAUGUUUUUCCACAGUCUGAUGGUGAUAGUUCCAAAGUGAAGGUUAAAGUCCGUGUAAACAUCCAUGGAAUCUUCAGUGUAGCUAGUGCAUCAGUAAUUGAGAAGCAGAACUUGGAAGGCGAUCACGUUGAUGCAGCUAUGGAGACAGAAGCUUCACCAAAGAAUGAAAACAAAGAUGAUGUGGAUAAAAUGCAGGUCGACCAAGAAGAAGGAGGUCAUCAAAAAAGUCACGCUGAACAUACCCCAGAAGAGGAAAUUGACCAUACAGGAGCCAAAACAAAGUCAGCUCCCUCAGAAAAACAAGACCGAUUAAAUCAGACUGUUAGAAAAGGAAAAGUCAAGAGUAUUGAUCUGCCUAUCCAGAGUAACCUGUGUAGACAAUUGGGCCAAGAUCUUCUCAACAGCUACAUUGAAAAUGAGGGAAAGAUGAUUAUGCAAGAUAAGUUAGAGAAGGAAAGAAAUGAUGCCAAGAACGCUGUUGAAGAGUAUGUGUAUGACUUCAGAGACAAGCUGGGCACUGUCUACGAAAGAUUCAUCACACCCGAAGACUUGAAUAAAUUGUCUGCAAUAUUGGAAGACACAGAAAAUUGGCUUUAUGAAGAAGGAGAGGACCAGCCUAAACAAGUCUAUUUGGAUAAGCUUCAUGAACUCAAGAAGUAUGGCCAGCCUAUUCAAAUGAGGUACACGGAACAUGAAGAGAGACCCAAAGCUUUAAAUGACUUGGGAAAAAAGAUCCAGCUUGUCAUGAAAGUCAUAGAAGCAUACAGGAACAAGGAUGAAAGAUAUGAUCAUUUGGAUCCCUCCGAAAUCGAAAAAGUUGAAAAAUAUAUUAGUGAGGCCAUGAGUUGGCUGAACAGUAAGAUGAAUGCCCAGAACAAGCUGAGUCUUACUCAAGACCCUGUGGUGAAAGUUUCAGAAAUCGUUGCCAAGUCGAAGGACCUGGAUAGUUUCUGCAACCCCAUCAUUUAUAAGCCCAAACCAAGAGUAGACGUUCCUGAGGACAAAGCAAAAGCUGACAGCGGGCACAACGGCCCACUGGACGGCCAGGGCGGGGCCGAGCCUAAGCCAGACACAGCCAGAGACAGCGCACAGCACAGCCGGGCUGCUGGGGAGAUGGAGGUGGACUGAGCCCCCGGCCUCCUCGUCGUCUAACACCGGAGCAGCCAUGGGGCCGUGUCCCUUCACACCUGACUUCUGCAGGUGGUUGUUCUUAAUCACUUUUUGCCAUUUGUUUGUUGCAGUCGUUUAGAAAAAUGUUUUCUAUUGAGUGUACUUCUGUUCAUUCCCUUGCUGCUUAUGUGAAGCUUUACCGCAUACAGAUAGAUGUGCGAGUUCGUUUAAGCUUUCCUGAUAUGUUUUGUAUCAAACAUGCAGGACUCAUGUAGCUGGCAACAGUCUACCUUAUUUAAAGCUUCUGCUGGAAUAAACCUCAGUUCCUUUAUUCAGAAAAGGAUGCUGUAUUGCACUGUUGUUGCAGAAGCAUAGAUGUAAUUUUAUCGGUAUUUUGAAAACAAAAAUAGAAAUCGAUGGGAUUUAGAGGCACUGACCUUUUUUUAGUUAUUGUAUUGUUAUAAUUUAAAUAUUAAAACAAAUAACAGCUUCCUUGACACAUUAGUUCCUUCUCAGUGAUAUACCACGAGAACCCCAAAGCAUUGUUAUCGUAACAUAAAUGAAUUAAAUCUCACAUUGAAUGUCAAGGUGACACCAGCAGCUUGCUUCUUCUGUUAGUGAUGUGGAUUGAUGUUUUCUUAGAGCAGCUCAGUGUCUUUUCACUUGAAACGUUGGAUCUACUUGUCCUGAAGACCAACUGCUGCUAAAAUAAUGAUACAGGAGUCUUUGGCAAAAUUAUCUUCAUGUUACGAGGGAAACCCUGUUGACCUGCACAGACAUGCAUCUGUGAUGUUGACCGCCUUUUUCAGUUGUAAUAGUUGUCUCAGUUUUCUUAAUUGAUUUUGUUAAUAAUACCUUAAUAUAGAGUAAGGAGAAAUGGCACAACUUAUUGCAUUAUAUACAUAUGUCUUUGAUUUAUUCAAUGUUAUAAUAUAGAUAAACACUAUUAAAUAAGCGGUAGCACUUAAAAAGGAGUACUUAUACCACAAGUCUUGGGAAAUAAUGCUUGUAAUAAACUUUACAGUGUUAAGUAUCUACAGGUCUAAUACAGACUGUUACAUGGUGUCACAUGACAUGGUGUGAUGAAAUGACAGGUCCUGCGAUGCCGUUACCUUGUGAAACCUCGGCUCCAGUUUUGGUGCUGCUUACGUGAACCAAGUGGGAGAAGGGACAGUAGACUUAAAUCACACAAAGGACCUGAUCUGUGCUCCAUUACCAGACUUGUUCACUUCGUUCAUUUCUGUCUAGAGACCUGGAGCUAUUUCAGUAUGGGAAAAGCUAAAAUGAUGCCUCAACCUACAAGAGAAGCAUAGACCAGAUGCAGGGGCCUUUGUGUCCUUAAUGCAGGCCAGCUAGGGUGACCUAAGUUACAGUUGUGAACGGCUAGUUUUUUUCCCCAAAGCAAAACCUUUAUAUACAGAAGAUUUAACAUUGACUUGCGUAGUAAAAAUUGAGAGCAUAAUGUCUUUAGGGAUAGUCAUUAUUUCUCACAACUGGUUCUUUUCGUUUCUACAAUGUAGUUAGUCUGCACUGAAUGGAGAGAAUGGACCAGUGCAUUUUGCAGGGAUUUUUAUUCAGCCCUUUGUGGGGAGGUGUCUCUUUUUUGCAUUUAGAAAAACCGUAAAAAAUCCAAUAUAUUUUUAAAUGUCUUCUAGUCUUUAAACUUUUUCUCUUAAUGCUCCUAAAGUGAAACAUAUCUUUUAAAAGUCUGCAUUCAUUCCUUUUUGUUUGUAUGUUGAAUAUAUAGGUUGAUUUCAGGAAAAGCAUGGAGGUUUUGAAAGUGAAUGUAUGACACUACAAGCGGGCGCUGUAUCGCAUUUAUUUGAGUUAAAACCUCCCCUCACUUGGUAAUGAGCUAUGCCUCAGAAACUUCCUGGAAAUAAAUGUGGAAACAGCUUUUUCUACA